UUAUCGAGCCAGCAACGAUCGAGUUCAAAAACUCGCCGGAAGAGUGUGAGCAUGAGCGCCAUCGGAUUAAAGAGAAUUGACAUGAGACAUCAGUAGGCAUUUGCCAUCAGACGCGAAUGGAGUGUUAACUUAAAACUCGUAUUAAAAUACGAGUAGUCAGGUGUAAUUGUGUGUGUGUGCGUGUUACAUUAAAAAAAAGACAAAGUGAAAAUGGCGUAGCUCUGUCUCGUCUCAUUGCAACAUUAUUAUUUAAUUCAAUCAAUCGUAAUGACUCGUUAAUAUUAUAAAAACCGGUUUCACGUAUACGAAUCCGGCCAUUUUUUACACUUGUUUAUACGCAAUCGCCGUAACACUGUGAUGACAUUUUAACAGAGUGAUUGUGUCUUUAAAUUUUUAUUAUUUAAACUUAACUAACAAUCAGAGUAAAUUCAAAUAAUCAAGUGUCAGUUAUGCAUCCAAGAAUAAUUAGUUUUUUUAUUUUUAUUACUUGACAUCCACUUUAUCAUCAUCGCAAAAAUAACAAUCGCAAUCCUUCAGCUUAUCAUUGUCGUCAUAGUAAUUAUCUGACGACAAUUAAUGACGUUAUUGAAAUUACGUCGAGUAGAUGAGUGUCUUGUGAUAAGAACAAUUUUUUUUUUUACCUGAUCGAUAAUGGAGUUUUUGAAUAAAAUUGAGACAGUGAUUUUUAAAUUUUAAAGUGAAAAUGUCAGAAAUAAAAUGCUAAGUGUCAAAAAAAUAAUAUAGUUAACCCUCGUGACAGCUUAUGACGACAUUACAGACAUCACGAGAUGGCACCACUGGGAUUUUGACAUUUCCCUUGUCCUUAAUUGAAAAUUCGCAAAAACCAACACCUACAUCGACGUAUAGAAAAUUAAUCAAGUGGAUUUUAUUUACGAGAUAUUUUUUUUUAUGUAAAAAUAUUUAGUUUGUUUGGUUUAUUUUAUUUUUUUUAAAUGUUUGGGUUUCUCGUAUUAUGAGCAGAGAAUUCUACGUUCCUUGUACCCCAUACGCAUAUCCGGUAAGCGGUUUUAUUUAUUGAGCUGUUUGAGCAGUGCGGCAGUGGUACUAGAGACGUAGUGAGCCGUGAUCAAAGUGGCAUGGACUGCAUGCCCUUACGUCCAGGACCAUUUCAUUACUUGAUAAGUGAGCAGGCUAAAUCCCUAGUCGCCUUACAGGAGCUGCAGAAUGAGGUCGGUGCCCUUCUUGAAUUUCGGGACCUCGUUAUCGAGACGUUCCCAAACCUCCGGCACAAGAUGGCGGCAUCCGCGACAGCAUCUGUCGCGGCAUCCGUGAUCUCAUCAUCAACACCAAACUCCUCACACAACGCACUGCCCCUAUCGAGUCCCUCGUCUCGCCGAAUAGGCGAAUGGGAGCCGGGGAAAGUCCGUCGAAGAAUAGCGUCAGCGCCCCGCGAAUCAGAGACCCCAGCAACGUCAUUGCCACGCAGUCGCAGUAAUUCCCACAGCGGUGGCAGUAAAAAUAGUGCCACCGUACAAGACUCAGGAUUCAGCACCGAGACCUCGUCGAAAGACAGCGCGUCAACGGCGAUACCCAUCAUCCGGCCAACUUCUCCAACAAAACCCGUGUUAGAUGAAGCCGAAGAUGAGCUGUGGAAUCUCCUGGAUGUCAUUCAUCGCAAGGGUAUUAGAUUACGCGAAGAAGUUGAGUCGCUUCAAGGUAGACUAGAAAAUUCACCUCCAGAUGAUCUUAUUGCUGGAGAUGUUUUGGAGGCUGUGAAAAGAGUCACUUCAUCAUCGUCGUCGUCGCGACCUGUCACCAGCAGUGAUGAAGCAACUCAUGAUAAAAUUAAUAAUAAUAAUAAUAGUAAUAGUAAUAAUAGUAAUAAUGAAAAUAAUAAUAAGCAGGAAGCUCAAGUAGUCGAGAGAUUAACACGUGAAAAUGAACAGCUGAUAGAUAAAGUCGCUGAACUCGAGGCUGAGGCGCUUUCGAAUCGCACUCGUACCCAACAAUUACAAUCAGAAGUUGCUGAACUUUCUGCCAUAAAAAGUGGCCUCGAGGAUCGACUCAGAGGCUUAACUGGAGUUAAUGAUAUUCUUACAGCAGCACAAAAAUCACCCGAUUCACAAAAAAAAUCAGCUAUUAACACUACGACUAUUACGAGAACCAGUAAAUCGACGGCUCAUAAAAAUAGAUUUCGCACGAGGACUAUUGAGAAAAAUGUACUGGCGAAUGGGGCAAUCCAGCCAAUUACCACAGAGGAGUUUGAUCCUGAUGCUGCGGCACAGGAGAGACGAGUCAGAUUAGGAGCUUUAGAUUCUAUUCUUGUUUCCCCAACGAGAGUCGCUCAUGUCCCAGAUGUUGAUCGGCGUAAAAUAGCUGCUAUUUUAAGAGAACAUUCGCCGCUCGAGUUGCAACGACAUCUCAUUACUUCUACCGUCCACAAUCAGUGCCUGCAAAAAAGAUUAGAUGAAGUGCAAAAAAGCACAGAAACUCUGUCCGAACGUUUAGAUAAAGCGAGAGAGGAAAAUGAUGACUUAAGAUUUCAGCUCGAUAGACAAAAUAUCGAAUUGGAAGGAACCCGAGCGUUGGUUCGCGUGCUAGAAAAACAGCAGCAACAUCAGCGAGCAGACUGCGACUCCGGUGAUCUGGAGUCCGAGGUCGAGACUCGCGAGCCCUGUCUAGAACCAGGAAGCAGUACCGAGUCGGCGCGAGAUCACCAUCAAACAACGGGUUCAACUUCGUCAGCAAUAAAUAACUCAAAUCCAGCUGCCGCGAUCAUCCCAACAGUCGAAGCAGUAAAACCAUCACCCCGGAGACGGCCACCUAGUCGCAUCCCCUUGCCGGACUCCUCAACAAAACCAACGUCAUCAUCCACGUCAGCGUUAUCAUCAUCAGCACCAACCAGAGCCUCGCCUCUCUGCAACGGCAAGAGUGACAGUCGCGAAUCUCUCAAGACGUCACUGAAAUCUUUGACAGUAAAACCGCCGAGAGAUUCUAGUCGUGACAGCUACACCAGCAGUGGGUUAGGUCUCAACAGUACCUCGAAAUCAUCUCUUACCACAAAAACACGUGACUCAAGUCGCGAAUCAUUGAACAAAAGUUUACCAAAAAAUUUAAAAGAGUCUCAAAGUCGCGAGUCGUUAUCCAAAUCAUCGUUGCCACGUUCCAAUAAUUCAAAUCGUGAUUCUUUGAGUAAAUCUUCAUUAUCACGCGCCCGAGAUUCUCUGGAAUCUGUUCACAAUCAUCUGCUAAACAAUUCAAAUUCAAAUUCAACAGCAGCUUCAAAUAAUAGUAACAGUAACAGUAAUAAUUAUCAGCAAUCAUCAACAACGACAUCAAGCACAACGUCUUUGAGAAGGCCGCUGGCUCCGGCACGUCGAUCCCACAGUCUGGCCCGUGCCUCUAUUGACACUGACACCACCGGCAAGGCACUUACGGACCCUCCGACAUCAUGGUGUUCCUCGAGCAGCGGGUUCCGAUACAGUGACUCGUCAUUGUGUCCAGACUCAUUGAAUCCAGAUGACAAUGACUACAGUAAUACAGCAACAUCGAUAACUGGAUCAACGAAGAUAGAAUUUAUGAUCGGCUCACCAACGCGUAGAUUUAAAUCAAAUAAUGUUCCCUGGCAGAAUAAUAAUCAACAUCAACAUCUUAAUCAACAUCAACAGUACUUUGAUAGCAUUAAUUCGUCGACUGGAACUGGUGGUAUGGCACCAGAAAGUCUUAUGACUGAUGAAUUUCCACCCCGCAGUGGUGAAGCACUCGCUGAAUGCGAUUCACUGGAUGAUCAUCCCAUAUCCAGUGAAGAUUAGGUUUUUUUUAUUUAUCUCUUCAGUGUUAAUACAAGUAUUGUCGUUAAAAAAUAAGCCAAAAAUUUUUUUUCAUGAAAAAAAAAAAGUAUAAUACAGUAAUCAUGUCAAAGUUUAUAUAAAUUGUAUAUUUGUUUUGGGUAAUUCAAAUUUAAAUUGUAAAUAUGGAAUUUAUUGUAAUUGAAUUUUACCGGUUAAUUUAAAUUUUAGUUAAAAUCAGCGAAACUAUAAAAGGGAUCGAAUUAAAAAUAGUUGUAUAUUUUUUAGUCGAAUAUUUUGAUUCAAUUAUUUAAAAAUUCAGAACAUGAAAAUUAUAAGUGCAUGUAAAUGUAUGCAUAAGUUUUUAAAAUUUAUGUGGUUAAAUUGAAUUGUAGUUCAAAAUUUGAGUUAAAGAUGAACUUUUAAGUCAUAAAAAAACGAUUGAGAUCAUGAUUUAUAGGGUGAUUGGCCCAGUGAAUGAACGCGAUCAGUGAAUGAACAUUUUUUAAUGUUUUACUUCAUUUAGAUUUUAAUCACAAUUACAUACAGAAAAUACCUCAUUGCUGUUUGAUUGACAACUUUGAACUGAAAUUUUACAUGUCUAAUAUCAGUCAUAAUAUUAGAUGACAAAACAUCACAGUCACAAUAUCACAUGCCAAAAUAUCAUACAAUAAUCACAAGUCUAAUUAUCACUUGCUCAAAUAUCGCAAUGUUUUAAUAUCAUGUGAAAAAAUAUUAUAUUUAUUAACAUAAAAUAUGGAGUAAAUGCGGAGUGGAUGAAGGGGAGUUAAUUUUAGUAUUGAAACUCCGAAUCGGAGUGAAUGCGGGUUUGAAUAAAAUCCAGAUCACUCCGAAAUCACUCCACUGAAAAAACAAACUCCCUGUUUACUCCGUAUAUUGAGUGAUUUUUUUUAAAACUUCGAGUGACGGAGUGAAUUCAGAUUUAAAUGAAAUCCGUAAUAACUUCGAAUUCACUACCAAUUUUUUACAGCGUAAGCAUUGAAUAUCUGUAUGUACAUAAUUUUCAUAAUUGCACGACUCUUAAUGCGAAGCAUUAGAGUGUGCUCUACGAUCGAAAAAUUCUGUUUGUCCUUUUUUCGCUACUGUUUUUUUUUUACUAUGCAUGACAUUACUACGCUGUGAAAUUUGGGCGCAUGAUAUUAUAAUACAUGACAAUUAGACGUAAGAUAUUUUCUUAUGUGAUAUUUAAUCAUGACACCUAUUAGAAAAAUACGACCGUUCAUUCGCUGGUUCAAUUACUAACUCAAUCAUUCUAGUGCGAGUAAUUAAAGAUAAUUUUUGGCAGGCAAUUAUUUUUGUUUAACACUAAAAGAGUUAGUUAUGUUAUUUAUUUAUUUAACUAAACAAUUAUUUAUUAACUAACAAUAAAUUUUUAUCAGUUAACAAUUAAUUAACACUGAUCAGUUAUCCAGGUAUUAAAAAUUAAAAAUUAAAUUUUUAAAAUUUUUUUACAAGUAUUAAAAAUUACAUAAUUAAAUAUGAUACUGAAUAGCAGGGCAUUAGAAAAAUAAAUUUCUUUUGAAUAAAAAAAUAAAAUAUUUAUAGAAAAAACUUUCAAAAAUUGCACAUAAAAAAUCUUAAGGUUUACAAAUUGUUUGUACAAAUAACAAAAUUGAUGUCUGCUACUUUAGUAUCAUAACUAAAUCCACAUAGUUUUUGUAUCCAUUAACAUAAUUUAUUAUUUUCUUAACUGAAAAAUCAAUCAUAAUUAAAAACAUCGAUUCAAUAAAUAUGAUCUUCCAUAAUAAAAAAAAAUCGAUCAAUAAAUAAUUUCAUAUUUAAAGUCGACGAUUUAAAAAUAAUAAUUAUUCGGGGAAUUAAAAAAAUACAAUGAAAAUAAAAUCAAAUUUGUCGCAACUCACUAAUGUAUUUUGUAACAAAAAAAAUUUUUAAAUGAUAUAUAAAUAGAUAUUUAUAUAAAUAUAAAAUAUUACAUAUAUACAUAUGUAAGCUCAUUGAUUUGUGGUACAGAAUUAAUGAAAAAAAUUAAAAACAAAACUUCCAAUUUUAUUUGUAUUUUUUUUUUUUGUUUUGUUUAAUUUUAUGAACAUAAAAUUUGUACCUCGAGAUUAAGCAAUUAGUCAAGAAUCAGUUUGCGUUGCAAACUUUGAAUUCUUUGAUUCACAUUACUGUCAUUUUUUUUAAAUUAACCGACAUAAUUAUUAAUGUAAUUAAGUGUAUCACUUAGAGUCUCAAUCCUGCAUUUUUUUAUUUUAAAAAUAAAGAAACUUUUGUACAUUUUAUUAUAUUAUAAAUAUUUUUUAUAAGAAAGCUGUGUCCAUCUGUUUGUUAUUAUUAUGCUUAUUUAGUUAUUUAAAUAUGUAAAUAUGUAGAGAAUUUAUUUUAAUAAUAAGUUAAUAGAUAAAUAAAUAUUUGUGAUUGUUUUUAUAAAUAUAUUAAUGUAAUUAUAAUUAUAAAUAUAAAUAACUGAGAUCAAUAUAAAAAAUAUAACAGAUUGGACAGCAGCUAAAAAAAAUAUUAUUCAUUCCAUCAUUAAAUAUUUAUUUAAAUAAUAAAUAUUAUUAUUAUUAUUAUUGUUAUUUAAAUAUCGCAUUCCUAAAAGUAUUUGUGAUUUUUUUGUUUUAGCUAUUUUUAAUUUAAUUAUAAUAAUUACAAAAAAAUAACUUCUUUUUAUUUUAUAAAAUUUCAACCAACAAAAAAAAAUAUAUAACAAUAUUUAUUAAGUGCAUUUUCAGUCAGUGUCCCCCCUCCCCCACACUUCUUAAAAAUAUUCAAUGAACGAACUGUUAUAAGAUUAUUAAAAUUUUAUUAAUUAAUUUCAAAAAAAUUAAAGCAUUAAUUGAAAAAAGGACAAUUUUGCUGAGAUAUAAAUUUAAAGAAAUUACUUACAGUUGUUAUCAGUUACCCGUGUAAAAAAAAAUUUUUGAAAAAAUGUUGACUAUAGUCGAAUCGUUUUAUGAGUCCGCUCGUUAUAAGUCCGUCGACUCAUAUUUCUCUUGAAGACAUUCCCCCUCCAUGAAGUAAAAAAAAUUAAUUUCAGUCUUUGACAUAAGACCGGAACGUUGGUGAGAUGAAUUAAAUGUUAGUUUUUAAUUAAAAUACAAAAUACAACUUUUAAUAACUUAUUUAAUAAAUAUUAUUGCUACAAUAAUCAUAGAAUUCGUAUUAUUAUAAUAAAUAAUUAAUUUUAAAUUAAUGGACUUAUCAAUCGGGCGGACUCAUAACGCGAUUAUGAAAAUAAUCACGUACGCUCUGACACACUUGUAAAUUAGGGGAAGUAUAAUCGACUACUGAACAGAAGGGGUACAGCGAUUCUUAAAAUUAUAUUCCCCUACACGCCUGUAUGCGGACUUAUAACGCGACUCGACUGUAUUCUAAACUUCAGAACGUGAUACAAUGACAAAAUUUUUUUAAACGAUUUUUAAUCUUCGAAAAAUACAAAGAAAAAAAUGAUAGUCUUAACACUACAAAUUAUCGUUUUUCAACAAUUUUUUUACGCGGCUAGGAGUUGAACAAAGUUUGAUGGAUAAAAUUUAUCCUCCAAGAUUUGAAAAUUCGAAUCAUAAAAUUGAUAUGAAGAUUUUAUUGAAAUUUAUUUUCCAAAUGUCGUUUAAUUUCUAAUUGAUGUCAACUGUAAAUAAUUUUUUUUUUAAUUUGUCUCGGCAAAAUUGUAACUGCUUCGCCCUUUUUUCAAUUAAUCUCCUCAGUCCCGAGGCAUCAUUUUGUUUGCUAUUUGAAUAAUUUUUUAUGAUUAUCCUUAUCGACCUUUUAAGAAGCAACAAAACAUACUUUAUAUUUUUUCUGAUUCAUAGUUUUUUAAAGUCAUCUAUUUUAAAGCUGUAGCAAUAAUUAUUUUUAUGGUUCAGCAAACAGCUGCUGGUUUCCGACCCUGCCAAAAUUGCCCCCUAUACGGGGCGUCAGGAUCGAGGAGAAUAAUCUUAAACUUUUUAAAAAUUAAUUAUCAAAAUUUUAAUGCGGAUUAUAAUUGAGUCAUUGAAUAUUUUAAAAAAGUAAGGGGGGGGGGGCACUGACUGAGAAAGGCCUUAAAUAAUAAAUAUGGACAUAUCAAAUUGAAGUAAAUCAGUAUCAAAAUGACAAAAAGAAAAAACAAAAAUUGAUAAAUUUGCUGGGAAUAAAAAUAUAAAUAUGAAAAAAAUGAAUACAAUGACGGAUUAAAAACAAAAAAAAUUUUAUCACAGAUAAAUAAAACUGUGAUUUAGAUUUGUAAUAAUAAAUAUAUAUUAUAAAUAUAUACAUAACGGCAAUGCGUACAAUGGCUUGAUUUCGUCAGAAUUUACUUUUAUUAAUUGAAUCAUGUAAUUAUUAAUUUAUUAUUAUUAUUAUUUAAAUAAAUAUAUAAAAAAAAUUGUCUGUAACUAAAAUAAUUAAAUUUUUAUUAAAGUCAUGUUUCAUUUAACGGUACGUGUACGCACAGUCACUAACAUGUGAUUAAAAUAAAUAAUUUUAAUAGGACUGACAGGACAUUACUUAUUAUUUUUAUUAUAUUAUUAUUGUUAUUAUUAUUUUAGUGCCUGAUCUAUCAACGCAAUGUAAAUAAUAAAAACUAAAAUAAAGUCACGCGUACCAAUGGCUUUUAAAUUUUUUGCAUUGUGUUGGAAUCAAAUUUCACUGGUACGUUUUGGCGACUGAUAAAAAAAGUAAAUAAAUAAAACUCAAAGAUAAUUUAAAGUUAAAAAAAUUAAUUAAACAAACAAUAUGCUCAGAUACUACUAAUUUGUGCAGCCAAAGGACUUCAUCUGUAAUUUUUUAUUACUUGUUAUUGAGUAGAUGUCCUUGAAAAGCUGCAACUGGAGACUAUUAUUUUUAUACGCUAGUAACAAUUAAUUAAAUAAAUAAACAAUAGAUAUUAAAAAUAUUAUUUUUAUUGGAUGAUCCUGAGGUUAGAAGACAGUUAAAAAUUUUUGGAUUUUUUUUUUAACAAAUCAGUUCCAAAAAAAAAUGGAAAUCCCUGACUAAACAACUGAAUUCGACCGAAUUAAAAAUUUUAAUUCUGUUAUAUUCUGUCGAAUUUUGCAAAACAGAAUUCAACUGAAUUGAAAAUUUGAAUUUGAAUUAAACAGAAUAAAACCGAUUUAAAAAUUUCAAAUUCGUUUUAAUUCAGUUUAAUUCGGAUUCAGAACCAGAAAUUGGAAAAUUAUUUUCGAAUUAAUCAGAAUUAAACCGAAUAGAAUUAUUUAAAUUCGUUUUAAUUUUGACAAAUUCUGGUUUUCCUGCCGAAUUAGACAGAAUUCAUUUUUAAGUUAAGCACCGAAUUAACAGAAUUUAUCUGAAUUAAAUAGAUUUAAAAAUUUAAUUCUUUUUAAUUCGAUCGAAUUCAGUUGUUUAAUCAGGGAUAAAAAUAUGCGCAUGUGGAAAAUUUUAAAAACUAAGUGCAAUUUUUUAAAAUAAUUAUUUUUUUUAUAAUUUAUCAUUUAUAAAAAAAUCCAAAAGUUAUUAGACGUCGGUUGAUUUCAGUAUCAUUCUAUUGGCAGUUUAGUAGUCACUUUUUUUUUAUAUUUAAAUUUUUACUGAAAAUAAAUAUAGAUAUUGAUGUGUACAUUGAUGAUUAAUGAUGAUGAUGAUUAUUAUCAAUUGAUUAUCGAUAAUUGAUAAAUAAUAUUAAUAAAUAUAUAUUACAACUGUUAGUUUGUUUAAGUAUAGAAAUAAUCCGUUUAAGUAUCGGAUUCUGUAAAUAAUAAUAAUAAUAAUAUUGAUAAUAAUAAUAAAUAUUAAUAUUUAAAUCAAGUCGUGAAUAUAUAUUUAAUUAGGUAUUGUAAAUGUAUAUAAAUUACUAUGUGUAAUAAGAAUGCGUGAUAACGUGAUAAGAUUAUUAUUAAUAAUAAAA